AGGCUACUGACCCACUGAGAGAUUUCAGACCAAACUAACCUUGAACGCUGGUAUUUACAGGCUAGGACUCCCAGGUAAACAGUCCGUCUGUUUCAAUAUCUUGAGAGCGCUCCUUUUGAUUUUGUUUCCAACUAAUAUAUUUCCCUGCUGCUGCAAAGGGGAGCGAGAUGCGUGAGAGAUAUAAAAGUAAGGAGAACGCGGGCAGUGAAUGCAUCCAUACUUUUGAGGGGAAUCGGGACAUUGGAAACGGGCUGUUUAGGAGUUACGACUCACCUAUGCCAGGAGAACCUGCCAGCUACUUGGAGGGACCAAAUUCCCCUACUGGAGGUAUCCUGACAAGUUUGGACCACUGCCAUGGGAAUGGGCCUACAACACUGGACUCUUCUUUGACAGGUCAGCACAAUUUAGUGACUGCCUUCCUUCUUUAAUCAAAUGUCAUUAUCUAACCAAAUAUGAUAAUUUAAGGAGUUGACGUCCAUAAAUGUUUUAACUCACAACCUUACUGAAAAUGAGAAUGCCCACUUCAAUUCAUCAACUUGUGUUGAGUAGUCUACAUUUAGCCAAAAGGUGCAAUACACAAGCUUUCUAAUAACGCUUUACAUCCCAACCUGGUCUCGUAUUAUUGUGUAUGAAAUCCAGGACACUCAAUUUAGAAUGAUAUGUUGGGUUUUGUAUGGUUUGUAUUAAUUUGUGGAUGUACACUACCGGUCAAAAGUUUCAGAACAACUACUCAUUCAAGGGUUUUUCUUUAUUUGUACUAUUUUCUACAUUGUCAAAUAAUAGUGAAGACAUCAAAACUAUGAAAUAGCACAUAUGGAAUCAUGUAGUAACCAAAAAAGUGUUAAAGAAAUCAAAAUAUAUUUUAUAUUUGAGAUUCUUCAAAUAGCCACCCUUUGCCUUGAUGACAGCUUUGCACACUCUUGGCAUUCUCUCAACCAGCUUCACCUGGAAUGCUUUUCCAACAGUCUUGAAGGAGUUCCCACAUAUGCUGAGCACUUGUUGACUGCUUUUCCUUCACUCUGCAGUCCGACUCAUCCCAAACCAUCUCAAUUUGGUUGAGGUCGGGGGAUUGUGGAGGCCAGGUCAUCUGAUGCAGCACUCCAUCACUCUCCUUCUUGGUCAAAUCACCCUUACACAGCCUGGAGGUGUGUUGGGUCAUUGUCCUGUUGAAAAACAAAUGAGUCCCACUAAGCCCAAACUAGAUGGGAUGGCGUAUAUUGCUGCAGAAUGCUGUGGAAGCCAUGCUGGUUAAGUGUGCCUUGAAUUCUAAAUAAACCACACAGUGUCACCAGCAAAGCACCCCCAAACCAUAACACCUCCUCUUCCAUGCUUUAUGGUGGGAAAUACACAUGCAGAGAUCAUCCGUUCACCCACACCGCGUCUCACAAAGACACGGCGGUUUGAACCAAAAAUCUCAAAUUUGGACUCCAGACCAAAAUACAAAUUUCCACCGGUCUAAUGUCCAUUGCUCAUGUUUCUUGGCCCAAGCAAGUCUCUUCUUAUUAUUGGUGUCCUUUAGUAGUGGUUUCUUUGCAGCAAUUUGACCAUGAAGGCCUGAUUCACACAGUCUCCUCUGAACAGUUGAUGUUGAGAUGUGUCUGUUACUUGAACUCUGUGAAGCAUUUAUUUGGGCUGCAAUUUCUGAGGCUGGUAACUCUAAUGAACUUAUCCUCUGCAGCAGAGUUAACUUUGGGUCUUACAUUCCUGUGAUGGUCCUCAUGAGAGCCAGUUUCAUCAUAGCGCUUGAUGGUUUUUGCAACUGCACUUGAAGAAAAGUUCAAAGUUCUUGAAAUGUUCCGUAUUGACUGACCUUCAUGUUGUCAAGUAAUGAUGGACUGUCGUUUCUCUUUGCUUAUUUGAGCUGUUCUUGCCAUAAUAUGGACUUGGUAUUUUACCAAAUAGGGCAAUCUUCUGUACAUCAUUCAUUUCGUGUAAUAUCUUACAAAUUUGCAAACGUACAAUAUGUUACGAUUUUGCAAAAGGUAAAAUAUGUUACGAAUUUGCAAGAUGUUAUGAUAUGUUACAAAUUCCAAUUUGUUGUGGCUACCUUUAGCUAGGUGGCUAACGCUACAGUUAGCUAGGCCAAGGGUUAGGGUUAACGUUAGAAUUAAAGUUAGGAGUUAGGUUGAAGGGUUAGGGUUAGAGUUAGCUAAAAGGUUUAAGGUUAGGGCAAGGGCUAAUGCUAAGUAGUAAGUCGUUGUAAAAAGUUGCAAAUGAGCUAAAAUGCUAAAGUUGUCCGUGAUGAGAUUCGAACAUGAAGCCUUUGAAUUGCUAGAAGUUCGCGUUAUACGCCACCCAUUCCCCCUCCUUUCGUUUUUGCCUUAAGUAACCUACUGUCUUAUGUAACCAUACCAAACAUAACAUAACAUACUAAUUUGAGUGUUCCGGAAAUAAAAUACUAUGUUACAUCUAGUGUAUGAGACCAGACUGCACAUCCAAGUAUACUGAUUUAUAACUUGUUAUAAACAUGUAUGAGCCUUUAUAUUGUCUUACAAGCAAGGAUAAUACUGUUGAUUGUUCAUAUACUAUACUGUGCAAUCUAUAUCGUUCAUACAGUACAUGUGGUUCAUUUUUGAAAAUUACAUUGAGUAAUAUGUUAGGCCUUGCUAUUUGGAAUGAGUGAUACAUUAUGAUAAUCUGAUCAUCAGUUAUCACAUUUCUUUUUAGACUAUCGGUCUGAAUUCACAAAUAAAUUGCAUUCUGUUGCAACAUGGUUUUAUUCAUCAGGUCCAAAACGCUCCAACUAUGACGGUGAGAAAAGGUACCUAGGAGUCAGGGUCAAAAUGCCUGUGAGAGACAUGCUUAAUAACAUUCGCAUAGCGAAGGGAGUGUACACCAAAAAUAUCCAGGUAUGACAUUGUGUAUUCACUGUGGCUAAAUUGCUUGGAAGACAAUUUCCACAUUCCCCAGUCCGAUGUUUUGACAUAUUCACGAUUUAUCCUUUACGUCUUUCUACAGGGCAACAGCGGCAAGGCAUUGAAAGGUUAGAAAAAAACUCUCAUUCUAUUAUGCUUAUGUUGUUGGCCUAUAACCAAGAUUGAACACUUCUGGCAGCCUCCUCUAAAGUGUGACUUGUUCUGCUCUGGAAUUAGGGUUGUUUACCUUUUGCAAACAUUAAGAGCAUAACGUGUUUGGUAAUGGGUGAGGCUGAUCACACGGAUAACAGUCAUAAAAUGCAGUCAAGACUUUACUUAAAGUGUGACGAGUACUGAGGAUACGAAGAGGCAGGACGCAGACGCAGGAAUCAACAAUGUAAAGGUGUACUUAACACUGAGCAAGAGAACAACAAAGAGCGAGUACACAACAUGACACUAACAAUCACACACAACACAACACUGAACAGUCCAGGGCUAUAUAGGGGUGGUGAUGAGGUGCAGGUGCGCUGGAGGUGAUUAGGGUGCGUUGGGUUUCCAUUCCAGCGUUGCCUAGGUUGUGCCCUCAGACCGGUGGCUCAGUAGACCGGCGAAUCAGAGCGCCGGAGGGGAGCAACGGGAGGAGACGUGACAUAAAGCCUAUGGAUAUAAUGCAUAAUGAUGUGCACAUAAAGUAUUAGUAAGACAUACGCAUAUUUGACAUCUAAGUACUUUUUCAUAAUAAUACAGUAUAUCACAGCCAUCUUGAAAAGGAGACUCGUAGGAUACUGAUAACUAACAAUACAAGUUAAAACGUGUUACUGAAUUUCAUCAUUACAAUAUGAACAUAAAUAGCACUGAAAACUGUCACAACAACAAUUAUGUAUUAUUACACAAACAUUUAUGUUGUGGGUAAGGGCAUGCAACAACAAAGAUACUGUCAACUUGAAACAUGAAACCUGCUGUCAAAAUUCCUUAUUAUAUUCUUCACAGGAGAGAAGAAACGGGUAAAUACAAAUAGAGAUGGCAGAAGUAGCAAGGUGAGUGAUUUACAGUGCAUUAUAUGAAUAAGCAUACAUGUCUUUUAACAUUUCACCAGGUUUGCCUUGCUCUAACUUGGACGGCUCAGCAAUCAACACUGGAUACUUAUUAUGUGUGUCCACUGUGUUUCAGAGAAAACAACCUACAAAGAGCCUAGAGGAACUCGCCAUAAUAGUGGAGGUUUUGGAGCAGGAUCUCAAAGCCAGCAAGUCAUACAGCCAGUCUAACAAGACUGAGUCACCCGACUACAGUCUAGAGCCCAACGAGCAACCAUGGAAUAGUCCAGAGCCACUCCAACAUAGUCACUCAAUGAAGUGCAGUCAGGAAAACAAGAUGCCACAACAAGCCCCAAACUACUGUAUGUCAGAGCUCAACCUAUCCAGCUCUGCAGACAAACAGAACACUAGUGUCCCUCCGCUUAACUCCCAUGGAGGGUAUAUCAACGACGAAUCCGACAAUAUGAUGCCCAGUCCAGAUUCAUAUAUGUCUUACUUCCCCAGCUGCACCAGUGAAUAUCAAGUGCCAUCUCCCCAAGAUUCAGUCUUCACUAGCCCCCAGUCCUCCAGCUAUGAGUUAGGUCAGGAUGGAGGAAGUGACUACCAGGAUAGCUUUAGCUGUCAGGAUAGCUUUAGCCCCCAGUGCCAGGAUAGCUUUAGCCCCCAGUGCCAGGAUAGCUUUAGCCCCCAGUGCCAGGAUAGCGUUAGCCCACAUUGGCCAAGCUACAUGGGCCAGGAUUGGAACAGCACAGCAUACUUCUGGACCCAGCUCCAGAGGGAGGAGAGCUUACUGACGGGGGUCUCUGACACAGAGCUUCUGGCCACAGACAAGAACGGAAGGACGUAA